AUGCAAGUUGCUUACCGCAAGCGAGCCGAGUUAGAGACAAUAGCGGCAAAGGUUUUAGACUUUCGAUAUACGAGACUGCUUCGACAUUCGAUCAUUUUGGAGAGGAUUAUAGAGCCGGAAAACCGCCCCUUCAGAAGUACUCCUACAUUUUCCAAUGUCUCCUUGGCACUCUCCACUACCGAGAGGCGCAAAGCUAUGGGAAUCCUCGACGUCGAUGCGGCAAAUGUGCUUGCGGGUGCGAACCAAUUCCCAGUCGGUCUUCCUCCGCAGCCGCAUGAGCGACGGGUUUUGAUCAUGAUUGCGGCUUUGGUCUACCAUCCUGACGUGGGCCUCGUUCUCUUCGACACGGGCUCCUGUGAGGAUGUAAUCAAAAGCUGGGGCGGAAAGACGCUGGAAUGUGGCCCGAGAAUUUGGGAUAAAUCAGUCCACGGUCUGCCCGAGGCCAUCAAAGCCACUGGCGCUGGGGAGAUAACAGACAUCAAAGCAGUCGUAUUAAGCCAUCUACAUUGUGAUCACGCUGGAGGUUUGGAGCAUUUCUUUGGUACAGAGGUCGAAAUCUGGUGUCACGAGGAGGAACUUAAAAAUGCUUUUUGGACUUGCGCCACAGGAUUGGAGCAGGGUACCUACCUGAAGGACUACCUCGUUAUUGAUCGCUUGAAGUGGAAGACCUUCUCUGGGCAGAUCUUCGAGAUUUAUCAAGGAGUUACUUUGCAUCACUGUCCCGGACACACCGCUGGCUCAAUUGCGAUGGAGCUUGACUUCGAAAAGACAGGUUCUGUGGUGCUUACAGGGGAUUUGUUUCAUGUCAAGGAGAAUUACGAGCAGGGGAUACAUCCUGGAACGCUAACGAGAGACUUCAAUGAAUGGCACCGAAGUCGAAAUUAUCUUUGCAAUUUGGUCCAAAGAAAACAAGCGAAGGUGGUAUUGGGACACGAGCUGUCAUAUUUCAACGCUUUCAGAGCUAGCCCAGGGUAUACGGACUAA